AUGGAAGAACAUGAAAGUCAGGUCCUCCAGGUUGAAUGUAGCAUGGAAUGCUCUCUGCUUGGUGAACAAGAGCAAAGUCACUCAGCAGGUACUGAUAUAGUUCAUGGUAGAUGGUAUUUAUUAUAGAAUUGCAUAAUUGAGUAAAAUCACGCAUUCUGAUUGGUUAACGAAGAGAGGUAUUCAGUGUGGAAUUGCGAGUUGAAAAAACGAGGCUAAGGGAUGUUUUUUUUCAAGCAUCUCACGUAACAACUAUCGUCAAAUUGUAACACAACAACUACAAAAAGGUUUUCUACAAUGUCAUUUUAAAAUGUUUUCAAAAUCAUUGUCACCUUUUGUAUAUCCUUUCUUAACAUACUGUAAUGUCGCCUGGUCCUCCACCUACUGUUCCAGCCUAAACUGUAUUUACCUUUUGCAAAAGCGUCUAGUGCGGCUCAUAAGAAAAGCUCACUAUCUAGCAAAUACCGCCCCUUUGUUUAGCCAGCUUAAAGUCCUUGACAUAUUUAGUAUUAAUUCAUUUUCUGUCACUACUUUUUAUGUAUUCUUAUCACCAUAAUCUUUUUGCCUAGUAGCUUUUCGAGACUUGUUCUUAAGUAGUAAUCAAGUCCAUCAAUACCAAAAUUCGACUGGCCUCUCAGUAUAGACCUCAUUUUUGUAGAUCAAAUAUAAAGCAAUUCAGCAUCCUUUACCGAGGACCUAAAAUCUGGAAUUUGUUGCCUGUUUCACUAAUUAGCUCUCCUUCUAUAUUUGUUGUUAAAAAAAAAUUUAAAGAAUUAUCUCACUGAUAGCCGAUCUGUCGCUAAUUUUCUGAUCUUGCUCACUCUGCACUCAGCCAUGAAUUUAGUUCUCUAGGUAGUUGAAGGAAGCCUAUUAAUAUAAGCUUCAAGCUUCGUUAGACUUCCUUGUCACAUUAAUUUUAUAAUUUAAUGAACACCUUUUGUUUAUGUUGUAUAAGGUGUUGUGAGUGACUAAAUAAAUAAAUAGUUAAAAACAAACAAAAGCAUUUUUUAAAAAGUGAUCCGGAGGUUCUUUCUUGUUUUGAACUAAACUACAAAUUCUUGGAGAGGUAUAAAAAACCCCUUUUGCCAGCGACAAUGAGAAAACAAGAAAAUCCUGUGAACACAGCCCAGAAAAUGGCAAGCCAAAUUCAAACAAACAAAACGGAGAAGCGACAAUGGAGGAAGUGCCAGGGUCAAUUGUCACAUAUACAGAAGAAGAAAUAAAUACCUUCAAAGAUCACAUGGUCCCUGAAAACACGAAAAAGAGUAUGCCACUUGCAUUCAUCCUGAAUCAUGGUACUUAGAAAAGUACAAAACAGAGCUGAACUUGAACAGCAUUUUUAAAACGUUUCAAGGUACUUACCUUAUAUCAAUCGCAACGUUAAAAUCAGUGCUUUGCCUUGGACACUUCAUUUCUUUCAGUUUUGCUACCGAAGAGGUAAAAGGUGUAAAUUAUUUUCCUUCGCGAGCAAAUGACCAAUUUGAAAAAGGAUGCUAUAGAUAACGGCUUGUAAAUUCAAUGAAAUGCCUCUAUUUAUCCUUACAAUUAGUGUGAAGCUUGUUCAUGUGUAAAAAAGUUUGAAAACAAAUGUAAAAACAAGCACAAGGUACAAAAAAAGUUGUCAAAGGUUCAAACAUGUAUGACUGACCUUGCUUCCUAUUCGCUAACGCAAUGACAGGUUUGACAUUUGACUUUGAAAUGGCUUUCUGGGGCGUGCGCUCAGGAUAAAAACAAACAGUAUUAUUGGUGUUUUCUUUUUUUUCUGAUUUUUAUUCGAUUAUGCGAUUCAAGGAAAAUCCAUUACCUGACUCAUGAAUUCCACGUUAAAUUGCACUUGAAAACCAAUAUCGGUUUUCGUGUGCAAUUUAACAUGGAAUUCCCUCGUCAGGUAAUGAAUUUUCCUAUAAAACUUAAUAAUAUACAUGGAAAAAUUUCUUGAAUCAGAUUGGCUUAGAGCAGUGCAGUUUUUAGUAAACACAGUACAAAAACAAGGAAACAUAAGGCACAAAUAAGGAAAUAAAGUGCAAAUUUCUCAGAGAAUGAAAACCUGUGAUUGGCUAAUAAACAAUCAGUGUUCUUCAGCAGCGCGGGCAACUGGCAGUUUCACUGGGAACUCUUUUCCAAAGUGCCAGCUACUCUUAUGAGUCAAAACAUAAAAAAAAACUGUCUGUAACUUUUAUCUUGAAUUUUUGUAAGUUCCAUUUUUUUUCCGCUGAAGGAUAAAACGGCGCCAAGCAAAUCGUGUUCAUUUCUUAGAAUACUAAAAACAUGCAAUUUCAUCGGAAAAUAACAAACAAACAAAAAGCCACAAGAGCUUGUUUGAACGUUUAUCGAAAAACACAUGAAAAUACAUGGAACUAAAGUGCCUUGAACAGCUACAAAAGAAGACAGGUGUUGUUUAUUCAUGGUUGCAAAGCCACUCGCUGAGGCACUUGCCGAUAGAUAGCUGCGCUUGUUUAUCCGACAUGAAGAAUAUAAAUCACAAGCAACCAGAAUACAGGCUAUGCAGCCAUUCACUACAGCAAUCGAGGCGUCAGUAAAGCUUCUUUUCUUGUUCAGCAAAACCAGCUUGUGGCUUCAAACAACUUCAUAACAAGCGACCAAGGUAAUAGUUUAUCUCCGUUGUUCUUACUUUUGUAACUGCUCCAAAAAUCCAAAUUCACAGUAAUUUUGAUGGCUGUUAAGAAUUAUUUUUCUUCACAUUAUCUGCCAGGUUUUUUUAGCUGUCCCACUGUGUAAAAUCCUAGAAUCUCGAUGAGUUUUUAAAAGUGUUCAUCUCUACAAUGUUUUGAUUUUUCAUUCAUCCAGUCCAGGCGAGUCGGUUCACGCGUUGACAGUUCUGAUAGACAUGUGACAUGUGAAUAGCGGAACUCCCUUGUCUUUUCUGGUUUGUUCUAACAAGAUUCAAAGGGAUUUUGUGGGCGUUUUUAAUAAAAUAAUUAUUAUUCCACUUGCGCUUGUUGGAUGAGAUGAUUAUAAUUGCCAACUCGGCGCUAUGCGUCUCGUUGGCUAUUUACCAUCUCAUAUCCAACGUGCCCUCGUGGAAUAAUUGUUAAUUAUAAAAUAACUAAGAUAGUACGUGCAUUCUGAUUGGUUAAAAACCAAUAGUUUAUUGUGCCGGUAAAAUCAUAGAAAACUGAAACAUGCUUUAAAGUUAUUUUAUAAAAGUAAAAGACCACAUUUUCUAAGGGUUUGCUGGUGUAAUAACCCACUUGGGAUGUUGGGAGAAGACUGGAAAAGCUUGUAAACCACCAGCUUAACAUCUCAGAUCUCUGGGCCUCAUGCCCCCAAACCCCCCCUUAGAUACGGUACUCUCGCUUUACCAGCACUUGGUGUCAGGCACCAGUUACUUUACAUUGGGAGCUGGCUACUCUAACACUUCUGGAGAACAUUGAACAAUAGAAAUAUAUAAGAACCAAUGAGCCUCAGGUGUCACAAUCUGCUUGCUUAUCUCCUUAGCCAUGGAAGAACAUGAAAGUCAGGUCCUCCAGGUUGAAUGUAGCAUGGAAUGCUCUCUGCUUGGUGAACAAGAGCAAAGUCAAUCAGCAGGUACAGAUAUAGUUCAUGGUAGAUGGUAUUUAUUAUAAAACUUAAUAAUAUACAUGGAAAAAUUUCUUGAAUGAGAUUGGCUUAGAGCAGUGAACAAUCAGUGUUCUCCAGAAGCGCAGGCGACUGGUGGUUUCGCUGGCUACUCUUAUGACUCAAAACAGUAAAAAAACCUGUCUGUACCUUUUAUCUUGAAUUUUUCAGAAGGUCCUAAAAGAAACAAAAACAAUAACUUGUCGUACAAAAAGCUCUUUGGUGUAUGACAAUUUGCCUUUUGCUAAUGGUAUUAUCGAUAUAUUUACUGAAUGAUUUUUGAUGAGACAUUGCCAGAUAAUAUUUUUAAUUAUAAAAUAACUAAGACAGUACAUGCAUUCUGAUUGGUUAAAAACCAAUAGUUUAUUGUGCUGGUAAUCUCAUAGUAAACUGAAACAUGCUUUAAAGUUAUUUUAUAAAAGUAAAAGACCACAUUUUCUAUGGAUUUACCAGCAUGAUAACUUACUUGGUUCUUGGGAGAACUCUGGAAAAGCUUAUAAAUCAUGAGCAAAACUUCUCAGAUCUCUGGGCUUAAUGUCCCCAAACCCCUCCCUUAGAUACAGUACUCUCGCUUUAUCAGUGCUUGGUGUCAGGCACCAGUUUCUUUGCUUUGGGAGCUGGCUACUCUAAAACUUCUGGAUAACACUGAACAAUAGAAAUAUAUAAGAACCAAUCAGCCUCAGGUGUCACAAUCUGCUUGCCCAACUUAUUAAGAUUAUAUCUUAUCUUCUUAGCCAUAGAAGAACAUGAAAGUGAAGUCCUCCAACUUGAAUGUAGCAUGGAAAGCUCUCUGCCAGGUGAACAAGAGCAAAAUCAUUCAGCAGGUACUGAUAUACCGGUAGUUGUUUAUGGUAGAUGGUAUUUUAUUAUGAAAGUUAAUAAUAUACAUGAAAAAAUUUCUCUGUGAAUUUGAUUGGCUUAGAGCAGUGUACUUUUUAGUAAACACAAUGCAAAAACAAGGAAACAUAAUGCAAAAAGAAAGAAAUAUAAUGCAAUUUUAUCAGAGAAUGAAAAACUGUGAUUGGGCUAAUAAACAAUAGAAAUUUAUCAGAACUAAUUAAGUGCCACAAUUUGCUGGUGGGAAGCAUGUAUACUUUUAAAACUUCCCCCUUUUUGGUGUAAUUAAUUAUGCUCUGUUGUCUUACCUAAGUAAUCUUUCCUUUUUCUUGUAACACUUUUUUUGUCAAUGUUUUAUUUUAUGAAUUUACCUGAUUAUUUUUAUUUAUUUAUUCAUUGUGAGUUUUUUUUUUCAUUUUUGUACCCAAGAUUUUGAAAUUAAUAAAGGUGUGGGUGGGCGUGUGUGUGUAACAAAUAAGAAUGUUAAAACUUUCAUAUAUAUAUUUUUUACAUGGACUCAAAAGAGCAGCUAUAUAAUCAGUGAUUUUGUUACCUCUGCAUUCUAUCUAUGUUCCUGACACAUAAAAAUCGCCAAAGACAUAAAAUAAUUCAUGGAUAUAUCGAUCUGAACGUGUGUAUUUGUAGAAAUAUCCCGUACGUGUAAUUUCUGUGGCAGUUAUGGUUGUUGUUUAGUGAUGCAUAUUUGUUUUAGCCUUUGUUGACUUCUGCUUUAAAAUAGAAGAACUAUAUUUUAAUUUCAGUAUACUAUAAUACAGAGUUUUGGAAUGUGUCUUCAGAUUAACUGUCUGCGGCUGGUACAUAAAGGCCCAAACAUUUUCCAUUUUGGACUCAUUUUUUUUAACUGGGACUCAUUGGUUCUGGACUGGGACUCAUGAUUUCUCACAAGAUGAGUCCCAGAAUUCAUCAUAUUUAUUUGAAACAAAAACGCUGUAUAAUUCAUUGAUUAGACCUUUUGUCGUGUUCUUGUUGUGGUAAACAUGACAAGUCAUCAUGUCUGCACUUAAUUAUCCAUGACUGGAUUGUAGGAUUUUUGUUCUGUUUGUAUUUGAUCGUGCAUUAUUAUUAUGGGAAAACUUACCUUAGGGUUGCAUUACUUUGACUAGGACAAAGUUAAAAUACAUUGAAUUCUCAUAGAGAUAAUAAUUUUUGGAUCAUAAUAAUGAGUUCAUUGGUUGGGUCACUCCCAUUAUAUUUGAUGACUGGUUUAUGAAAUAUCAGCACUUAGAAAAUGAUUGUCAAGGUUGUUGUAUUAUCCGAAGUUUCAAAAGUAGAAAUAUUGUGUAUUUUGUAUUUGAAAUCAGGUUUUGAGAACACUUCCACAGAUACAGCUUUAUAAUAGUAAUUCUUGUACAGUUAUACAAGCAUGCAGUACUAGGGUGCGAAGAAAAGGAGGUCAGUUUUGUGCUUGUCCUUCGGGAAGGCUGUAGCUUGCAUCUGUUAGCCCAAGAAUCGCAACUCUAUUAUCCCUCAGGCAAGAUAAAAAAAUAGAAUCCACUAGCCCCAUAGCUUAUAUGAAUUGUGUAGUUGGUUAAUACAAAUAAUUCAUUUACUAGGAGAAGAGUUGGAACAACACACUCCUGCAGUAGAAAAUGGCCCAAUUGAGGGAGCAAGCAACGUGCAGGAAACACAGCAACCUCUUCCAGAAGUAAAUAAUAGUAGCCACUUAGAAGAUGACCGCCUAAUUGCUAGAGCAAGGGCAGUUGGUGUGGACUAUGAGUUUCCAAAGCCUGGUGAAGUGGAAACGGAGGAUGACAGAAGAAAAGAUUUUAUUUACUUGAAUCCAGUCCAUUCCUUUUUCUCUCCAACAACAAUGAUAUAUUAA